AUGGAAUGUGAUAUCAUGGAUUUGGACAUAAUGAUCAAAGAUACGAACGGGAACUGGAAGCCCUACAAAAUUAUUGUUCAGAAUAUGGCGAAUGAUGGUCAACAUGCCCCGGCUACUCCAAGAGCCCAUCAAAAUGACGCGGAGCCUCGAUUCCAAUUUGCAACUCCUCGAACUUUUGGACUCAGUCAAGGCACGAGCUUCCGCCCACAAGCAUUGCGCCUGUGCCUAAAAGUUCAACUAGAUUGAUGACAAAACUGAAAUAAAUUUUGGUUCCUGGAUCGGCUGGGAGUUCACCUCCUCCAAACACACUUAUCGAUGGCAAUUCCACAAUUUCUUCAGAUUCCUCGCAUACCCACCUCUAACAUUCAAGGAUUGAAGAAGUUGAGGAAGUUGUUCAAGAAGUGGAGACUGCACCGACCGAUGGAAUGAUUGAUCAGCUUCAAGUGGGUCCAAAUCCGUUGGUUGGUCUAUUGGAUGAUGUUCAUAUGUUGGAAGUUCAACGUGAUUCGGGUGUUGCCAACAUACUCAAUUCACCAGAGAUUGUAGUUGACGAUGAUUUGGCUGAGAGGGCCAUUCGAGAUCAAAUGUAGUCAUUGGAGCAACAGGAUGGCAACGAUUACCCUAAUCAUCAAGGUCCAGAAUCAAACAAUACGCUCAGUGGACGCCCAAUUCCUGAAAAGAAGCGUCAUUACAACGCCACUCGCAAAAGAGUCAACCGUCGUGAUUCGACCAUUGUGGAGCCAGAAGCCAAGUCGCGAAAGAUGGACGAAAAUUGGACAGGAGUUGGAACUGAAUCCGAGUCGACUGACUGCGUUGAAACGACUGAAACUCGUUUCACUUGGUUUAAAGCUCAGACAAAACAUCCCGGUUUAGCGAAAUCCUUGCAAUCUGAAGUGACGAAAGUUGGACUAUCGAUCGUGGAUCUACAGCAUUGCACCUUGCCAUGCAAGAGUAUAAAUUAUAACUUCCAUUUUUAUUCGUUCAAAGGACUCAGCAGAGAGGAUUCGAAAAAAUUCGAAGAGAUGAUUGAUCAAAAUUUCGUCAACAACUUUUGUGCAGAAAAUCUUCUCAACAAAGAAGAUAAGAAUUUUUUUUAUUAUGAUCUUGGAUACAAGCAGGUGGUCUCUCUCUCAAUGCUGGCCACGUACUUCAAAAUCAAGAAUGAGCAGCCACUAUUGCAUCCUUUGAAAAUGCUUUUAAACAAGCAACUUCUCAAGAAAGCAUUCGAAGAUGCUGAUACUCAUGUUGAAUUGAAAAAAUAUUUAUCCAAAAAUGGCUAUUCCAAACUCGUUCAAUGGAUGGAGGAAAUGACACAAUAA